AUGAACGUACUUGAUUAUGACGUGUGCGCGUUUUCCGAUAACGGCCAAUAUAUGGCGGCUGCUCUGUCAAAUCGUUUUAUUAUAAAAAAACACCCGUUCACCGGUUUGCACAAUACUGCUGCGGCCGUUCAUGCCAUUGAUUGUCUACAGUGGAAUGUUACAUCAGAUCUUGUACUGUGUACUCAACUCGGAAAAGGCGUGUUACAAGUGUAUGACAUGUGUUCCAAAAAUUGGAAAUGUACACUUACAUCUGGAUACUUCAAGUUUAUCGCUGCUCAAUGGAUAGGUCGUGGGAAAAUUUUGCUGACUCUAGAAUUUCAUGUGGCCCUAGGCAUAUUUGAUAUAUUUACAAAGUCAAUUAUGUACAUUGAAGUUCCAAAGCCCAUUUGGCCUUGUGUAUUAUUUGAUAAUGAUGGAACACAUAUGUUUGUUGUUUCCAAAUUAAAUGGCUAUGAAAAAUUAUUGAUGUUACGUUCAAAAAAUUUGGAUAGAAUAAUUUAUAUUCAAGAUAUAGUAGGAACAUGUGAUGGAUUAAAUAAAUCGCCAGAUAAUCGGUUUCUAUGCGUUUUCAAUAAACAAAAAUUAGCUAUAUUUAAUUUUCUCUCUGGUAAUAUUAUUGGUUCGGUUGAAAAUCUAUACUUAAAUACUGUGAGCUGGGCACCUAAUGGUGAAUAUUUAGCUUUGGGAUGUUCACUAGGUAAAAUUGUUGUAUUAGCUUCUUCUAAUGAGUUUAAUGUAGAAAUUAAGUUGUGUCGUUAUUCUGAAAACAAAGACUAUAAUUUUUUUAUGGAAUGUAAUCAAGUAUUGAUCAGAACAAAACCUUCAGAAAACUUUAUCAAUAAUGUUCCAACAAAAAUAGCUUCCAUUAUGUGGAGUUUUGAUUCUAACUAUUUAAGUACUUAUGAAGUAGAUUCAACAUUUCUUUGUAUUUGGAAGAAUUAUAAAUUGAUAUGUGCAGUAGAAUUUUCUUCAACAAUAAAACAUAUGCAGUGGUGUCAAUCAGAAAACAAACUUUCAGUAGUUUUUGGUACAAAUUUAAUUUUUUUUUGGUCUUCAAAGCAUAUUCCUAAAUUUCUAAAGUCACCAAAAUUUGUUGAUGGAACAUGUUUAUUAAUUUCUAAUGUAUCUUGGUCAUUUAAUAACAGAGAUAUGAUUUUAACUGACGGAAAAAAAUGUUUAUUAUUUACCAUUUGA